AUGGAAGGUUAUAAUGAAGGAAGUAGUGGAGAAGGUAAAACAUACAACUUUUCGGGCAACAAGGAUGAGCUCUUGGCAUUCAUGAGUGGACUCAUUCAGAGGUACCAGCGGUCGGAAGGGUUUGUCUUUGAGGCAAAUUUGGCAAAUGGGUCCGAGGAACAACUUGUCGCAGUAGACAACAUUGGAAUUUUCAAGAUGCAAAAGAUUUCCAUCAAGACACAUGUAGAGCAGGACGUGGUCCUGAGGGGGAGUGGAGCGAUUCAAGAGAUGAUCAAGAGGCUUUUAGUUGUUCCCGCAUGGAAUUCAUGCCUUGAUGAGGACGUCAAGGGUCAGUCAUUUGACCUUGUCAAGACUGGGGACGAGAAUGUGGCCGUUUUUAAAAACGUCAAGGUCGACCAUGGGCUCUUUAGGCUCUGUCUAGUUUUGGAGGUCGACGCUACAACUAGUUUGCUAUCUCCUGCUAGAGGGGACCAUGCCGGGGACCUUGACACGGAGCUCGUUGACUUUGUGAAGAGUGCGGGUACCAGAAUGAAUGGGUCCGGUGGAAAUAACAAUGGUCAUUCUGAUACCAUGUUGGACGCGGGAAUACUGGCCUCCAAGGGCUAUUUCUUGAGGCAGACGAUCGACCUUGUGCCCUCUCUGCAAAAUUGCCAAGGGGACAAGAGGAGUAUUACUCAGCUCGGAGUCUUGGUAAAUGACGGGAUUGUCGUUUUAAAGGACUGCAACGAGAGCCUCUGGUUUGCGGAUAUUGUUGUUGCGGAUGGAAUUGUGAGAGUGAAGGAUGAGCAUGAGAAAAUUGACUUGCAGGCCAUUGGAUCUGAUCCGGACGAAACGUGGUUGUUUUGUAAGGAAUUUCAUGAGAACAAGAGGGCAAUUGUGGUUGGCAGGCUUCAGAUUGUCGUUUUACAGCUUCCAAUCGUCAAAAGUGGGCCAAAGUUUUUCUCCAUCUUUACGCACUAUUUGAGCAAUCCCAUGGAUGUUGCGCUGUUUGAGGAUACCAUCUUUGUAUCAGACGGUUAUCUCAAGUCUGUAGUUGCCUUUUACCCGAGCAGUAAUGGCCAAAAGUAUCAUUAUUUUGUGGCAUUUGAAAAUGUCUAUUGGGUCGCUAUAUCCAUAAUUUCCUGGAAGAACUCGCAUGAGUUUAUAGCAAUUGAUGGUCAAGGUUCUAGCAUCUUGAGGUUUUCAUUUACCAAGAAUGGGCACAUUUUUGCCUUUGCAAAAUUGAAUGGUUAUGACCCGCCAUCAGAUCUCAGUAAUGAAUCAGUGGAGCAGGAGAGGAUUGGUCUCUUGGUAAAUCCGUCAAGUAUGGAUGUCUAUAGGGGAAGUUUUGGGGGCGAAGAGGUUCGGCUCUUGUUUGUGGCAGAGGCAAAAACUGGCAGGAUUGCAAUUUUCAGGCUGGAAUUUGAUGCAAUAGUCGAGUACAAGGUUUUUUAUUCCAGGGGCAUCUUGACGAGAAUCCGAGUGGAUAGCUCGCUCAAUCUAUUCCUUUCUACAUGGCGUAAAUAUUUGGGCACGGUGCAAGAGUUUUUGCUCUACAAGCCGGUCCAUCAUUACAUGCGACUCAAGUUUCACUAUAACACGCUUGAAAAGUACCAGGGAGGUGACGAGAUUCGACUAGAACCCAUCUUUAGGGCGAGUGUUCCAGAGCUUUUUUAUUCCCCUGAUGUUGUUCUAGCCACUUCUAGUGGCAGCUCACCCUCCCAAGGUGGAGUGGAGAAAUGGUACAAGGCAAACCUGCAAUCCAUUGGUCUCACGCUAGACAAGGAUAGUGGCAUUGUAUCUGGAAAAAUUAGCAGGACUGGGAGGCACUAUGUCACCAUUUUUGGGUCGACAAUUCUUAAAGACUCCCAGGCCAUCAUUGCAAUCAAUGCGUCCUGUCCACAGGCUACGCAAUUCAAUACGAGAACCAAGACCUGUGAAGCAUGUCCAAUUGGGACGUUUCGCAACAAUGAGGCAGAGGACAAAUGUAUAGAAUGUAGCUCUGUGCGGGUCCACAGUACGACGAGGGAUGUGGGUUCGAGGUUAGCCUCUGACUGUCUAUGCGAACCUGGAUACUUUCUCGACGACUCUCGCUGUGUUCCCUGCAAGCCUGGCACAUUUAAAAGUGAUGUAAGCAAUUCUGAGUGUUCGGGCAUGUGCAGGGAUAAUUUGACUUCGCAGGUUGAAGGAGCAAGGAGUGAAGAGGAACUCGGGUGUGAGUGCAUGCCCAGGUUUUACGACUUGCGGAAUGUGAACGAUCCAGAUGCUCUAGUCCCUCUGGCAACUUUGGAAUCCAUUGGCCUAUCCAAUCAUCAGGGAAUUGUGUUUGCAGACUUGGUGAUGCUUGAAAAAUAUUGCGCUCCCUGUGAUGUGGGCUAUUACUGUCCAGGGGGAAGUCGAGGCCAAAUUCCAUGCGGAUAUGGACGAAGCACUCUGGAAAAGUAUAGCUUGAUGGAGACGGAGUGUGCAUGCGAUGUUGGAUUUGGCUAUGAGAGUAAUGGUAAAUGCAAACCAUGUUCGCCCUUUGGUUACAAGGACAAGGUUGGAAACGUCCCCUGUAUCCAGUGCCACGCUCACGCUAGCCGACGGAACAUUCGGCCAAUGUUGUGGCCAUUUAUUCCCGCUACAAGGCGUGACAUAACUACUGGUAUGCCCAUUCUAGUGGCUAGGGGCUAUGCAUCGACAUCCGUGGAGGCAUGUAGGUACUGCAUUUCCGGCUAUUACUUUGAUCACAAUCUCAAGGACUGUCUUCCCUGUCCAGUUGGCUCCUUUUGCCCUGGAUUUGAUAACCAACCAGUCCGCUGUGGAACAAGUGGUACGACCAGGGGCACCAGGUCCACCAGUGGCAUUGACUGCCUCUGCUCGGCUGGGUAUGGUAACGUGCUCGAGUACCGUAAUCCCAUUAGCCUGAGCGUUGUCUGUCACCAGUGCCCACCCGGGCACUUUCAACAUUUGAGCAAUACCGACGUCUCAUGCCUACCAUGCCCUCUGCAUUCCAAUACCCUCUCGUUUGGCUCCACCAGCCUCGAUGCAUGUAUACCCGAGGCGGGCUAUUUUAUCAAGGCUCUGGUUGAUUUUGGGAGUAUGAGAAUGCAUGAGAUGGGGAGCAAGAGUUUUGAGGAGUGGCGGGAUGGUAAUGGUAGAGAUGAUGGCAGGAAUAGAGGAGGUGGAGGUGCCAGUACCGAAUGCAUGUCUGCCGAGGGCAUGUUUAUAAAAUCUCGAUUCUCGGCCCUAAUUCAGCGAGAGUCGGCCGAGUCGUGCGAUAGAGAGUGCAAGAGGAACAUUUACUGCACGGGCUACCUCUUUAACAUUACCAGGCAUGUCUCUCAGCGGGAUGCCACUCCCUAUGCCACGAAUGAAGUCUUGGUCUUUGGUGGAAUGGGCUACACUAGGGUCGAGUUUUUUAUGUGCCAGCUCUUUUUCUUUACUAUGGAGGUGAAUGGUGGUGAAAGAGGAGAGUUUAAGCAUGGCAACAAAACAGGCACACUCGGCAAAAGAGGAGAAAUUUUAUGUAGAGUUCCUAGCAACCACAGAUACAUGGCGGAACCAUGUCCUCAAGACCACUAUUGUCCGGGCCAAAUUAGGCCCGUGCCAUGUCCAUUAUUUUCAAAAACGCUGGGCGUGGGCGCCAAGAGCCUAGAGUCUUGUCUAUGCCUGCCGGGCUAUGAGCCCUCAUCGAGGGGAGGCAAAUGUGACCCCUGCAAAAUGGGCUGGUACAAGCCCAGGAUUGGGAACUUGGCGUGCCAGCGGUGCCCAGACCGACUCAAGACUUUUAACCCCGGCGCCAAGCACAUUACGGAAUGUGCAUGCAUUCCCGGCUAUUUUGCCCAGAUUCAACAUGGCCGAAUGGAUGGGCUCAAGAUUGGCAGUGCAUUUCAAGUUGAUGUUUUCGGGAAUGUUUCAAUGGCAAGGAUGGGCGAGGGGGGCAUAGGGACAAUGAAUGAGGGGGGUAUAGGGGAUGUAAUGGGUGAUUACAAACCAGAAAAAAACACUAAAUCCCUAAUAUUCAUCACGGACCCAUUGCUCAUUGUUCCGGAACAAGAAGCAAACUUGGAAGCGUGGCAUGGUAUGCAAACACAUAGGCUCACUUGUGAGAGGUGCAGACAAAAUCACUAUUGUCCAGGGGGCUGGGUGUAUGGCUUUUCGAAUAGGAGGAUCCACAAUAUACCAUACAAGUGCCCCUUGGGGUCCAGUGUCCCCUCUAGAUCGACGCAUGCAACCAUGGCGUCGCAGUGUCUGUGCCUUCCCGGCUACAGAAUGGAGGUUUAUUCCCAAAGUGAGACUAGAAUGGGAGAGGCGGGGGCAAGGUGCGUAAAAUGCGAAGGUGGCAUGUAUAAGGAGAGCCACGAAAACUCGCCCUGCAGUGGGCGGUGCAUGCAGUAUGCCACCACAUAUGGCGGCUCUGUUUCCAAGAGCCAGUGCUUUUGCCAGUAUGGGCGAUACAUGGUUAUCGACGGGAUGCUGCCUAUAGGGCAGGAUGGGAUGGAGGCAAAGUUAAAAUGCGUGGAGUGCGUCAAGGGAGCAAUUUGCCCUGGCGGUCUGGUUUUGAGCGCCCUGCAAAAGCUAAGGCAGAAUGCGGGUUUUGAUGGUAUUAGCAUUCGAGACCAUGUGCAGCCGAUACCAAAGUUUGGCUAUUUUGCAGUCUCCUCCAGGCAUCCUCCAUUUGAUGGAAUGGGUGUUGAUGUUGACGAGACGGAGUAUGGGCAUGAGGAGAUGGAAAUGUAUAGCUAUACAAAACUAGAAAUUCACCCGUGCCCGUUGGAGUUUAGAUGUGACGGUAGGUUUGCCGGUAAUUGCUCGAGUGGGUCCACGGGUUACCUUUGUAGUCGCUGUCUGCCCGGUCACGAUAUGGUCCAUUACAGGAGCCAGUGUCGCCCGUGUGGUCCAGUUUUGCUCUACUUAUCUCGAUUCAUCCUAUACAAACUACCCAUUUUGGUGCUUGGUUUGGUCUUCUUCUUUUGCAGCACCCAUCUGCCUUCAUCAAAUGGUGGAUAUACAGACAAUAAUGGAAUGAGGAAGGAUGACCAUGGAAUGGAGGAUGGCUACAGGCCAGAGGACGGGAGGAGGAGCAUUAGGAACCUCUUUUGCACCCUGUUUAAAAUGGCAUUUGAGCUCUACCUUGCCAUGGCUCCGUACGGCAUGGUCCAUUUGCGCUCCCCGAGCAGUUUGAGGAAGUUUUCUUGGUAUUACAAUGCCAUUUUUGGAUACUCGACGAGAAUGUUUCGUUAUCUUUCACCAGCUUGUCUAUUGGGUAGGGAUUUUGGGGAUUUAUCUUGGCACAUGCAAAGGUUUGUUAACUUAUUACAACCCCUUGUUGACACCCUAUUGCUCCUCUCUCUGGUCCAUUUAUUCACCCUUUUGAGGAUCACAAAAUUGUGCAAUUGGAUGGGUGGUGAAUCUCUAUCCAUGAGGACAACUAGUAACCCAUGGACAGCCACCCCGAAAUGCCUACUCAUUAUGGGCUACAUUUACUUUUCCUUCAUUUGCCAGGAGCUGUUGCAAAUGCUCUGGUGUAUAAAUGUGCAGUACAAGCAUCACGAGCCAGUUUUGGUACUGCUGCAUGCACCCUCGCAGGUUUGCACUGGUGGCUUGCUCUACUAUUUCCCAGCCUCUCUCUUGGCCAUUUUACUCUCCCUCUACAUUUUCGGACCCGUCAUUUGGGUGGCUAGUGGGCAUGGGCGGCCAGCGGCUAAAGGGGGCCUGAAUGGUCAAAAUGGAGAGAGUGAGGAAUUGAUGCCAAAGCAGACUCUAGACCAUUCAGGCCACCUAAAAACCCUUUUAACAUGUGGUCACAAGAAAUACUUUGGGGCGUGGGACGCCAUUUACUUUGGGAGGCGCUUCAUUACAGUCAUUAUUACGACAUUCCAGACGGGCAUCCAGUCGUCUGGGCCUGCGGAAAAGCUCCGCAUUACUGCCAGCAUUUUGAGCUCUAUAGUAAUGCUCAUACUGCACACGAAAUACUGGCCAUUUCAGGUGCGUGGUAACAAUGUCUUUAACCGGCUGGAGCUAGUUGCACUGGUUAUGACCAUUACCACCGGGUUCAUUAUGCAGGGCAGUUUUAGCUUUGACUUUGACCAUGCGGGUUUGGUGCCCAUUUACCUCUUUUUUGCCACUGUGCUACUCUUUGCAUGGACUGGCUUUUCACAAGCCUGCAACAUUGCCGGCCUGGAGCGGGGCAAGAGGAACAAGGGGUGGCUCCACAAGUUUCUUCUAUGGUACAAUAGAGCUCAAGUUACCUUUGAUUACAGGGGAGAGAAAAUUGUACUGGAGGACCCCCUGGCUAAACGGAUGCGCAUUUCAUCGGGAGGCAGAAGUGCUCUCCAGACUUGUGUCUAUCAGUCGGUUUGCAAGCUGGUGCUUGAAGACAAGUGUAUUGCGAUUCCCAACUUGUGGAUGGAGUUUUUGGUGCGGCAUGGCUUUCUCUAUCGGCGGUCAGUUAGUAGUGUCCAGAGUGGAGCUAGAGCACAUGUGGAAUAUGAAUGGAAGGCCGACUUGCACGCGGGGUGGGCACAAGAGUUUAAGGGUGCCCCUAGGGUAGUUGUUGCCGGUACAGACCAUGAUGAAGUGGUAAUGAGCAAAGAUGAAAGGGAGGAAGAGGAAAGGAGAAUGACAUAUGACAAAGCACCAAUUACUCCAUGGAUUAUCAACCAUGCAAGUUUAGAAACGCCAAGCAAGAUGCUCAUUGAAUGCUACAAGGGGACUUGUGGAGAUGGAGGUGGAAAAGGCAAGCGGGGAGGAUUUCGACGGCUAAAUUUGGAGAGGGCAAUGGACCGACUAGAGGAAAUGCAAGGGCUUGAAGAGGAGUUGAGAGAGGUGAACCAAGAGUUGGAACGGAGGAUUGAAAUGGCCAAGAUUGGCAAGAGGGCAUUGGAGCAAAUGCUAGGCGACCUCUGGGAGCCUAAGGAAGAAUUGGAUUAUCACUGUGAAAGUACUACUGUAAGGAGUACUGAAACAGGUGACCCACCGACGUCGGAGACUAGGUAG